AUGGCUACCACUACAGACCUUGGUACCACCGAGGUCCGACCUCUCCCAGGAACCUCAACUACCAACAACUACGAGCAGGACGAGAAGAAAGCUACAGCCGCUCAUGUCUCUCCAUCCGUCUACAGCGAAGAAACCCAAAGGCCAUGGGUUGCUGGACUGCGGACUUGGUUCGGACUGAGACCGAACCGCCAUUCUCCCCCACCGGUAUACCAACCUCGGCCAUUCCCUUCGUCGGAACCGACGUCAAUAGGCUCUAAGAUCUGGAAGUUCUUCAAAUUCUUAGGUCCAGGUGCUGUCAUUAGCGUCGCUUAUGUCGAUCCGGAUAACUACCAAACUGCCAUCUCGGCUGGUGCAGAAUUCCAGUAUAAGCUGCUCUUCAUGGUGUUGGUCUCCAACCUAAUAGCCAUUUAUAUCCAGUCCCUCUGCGUCAAACUUGGUACCGUAACCGGCAUGGACCUGGCCCAAAUGAACCGGCGCUGGCUCCCGCGCUGGCUCGACCUCUCCAUCUACGUCGUCGCCGAAGCCUCCAUUAUAGCCACCGACCUAGGCCAAGUAAUCGGCACCGCCAUCGCGCUGAACAUCCUCAUCCCCAAGCUCCCGCUCGCCGCCGCCUGCGUCAUCUCCGUAGUCGAGACUCUGCUCGUCCUCCUCUUCUACACCGACACGGGCGAGCUGCGUCGGGUUCGCAUCUUCGAAGCUUUCGUUUCCGUUUUGGUGGUCGUCGUCUUCGUCACCAUCUGCAUCGCUCUUUCCAUGGUCGACCACAGCAGCACCACCACCCGUGAGAUCCUGCGGGGCUACGUGCCCUCGCGCGAGAUCUUCGUUGAUACGGGUCUGUACGCCUCGUGCGCUAUUCUCGGUGGCACGCUAAUGCCGCAUGCGCUUUAUGUUGGCACCUCUCUCUCACGUGCCCGUCUCUAUGACUAUGAUGUCAAGCGCGCCCCCUCUCUGCCCCGGAGUCAGAGUCAGGGACAGGCUCCCUCCCCUUCCUCCAGCCAGGAGACACUUGCCACGGCUGCAUACCGCCCCUCCCUCCGCGCCAUCAAAUCCUGCCUCGGCUACUCCAUCGCCGAGCUAACCUUCACCCUGUUCACCGUCGCCAUCUUCGUCAACAGCGCCCUCCUCGUCAUCGCCGGCAGCGCCUUUUACGUCCCCGAAGAAACCCGCUCAGAAGACGACGAGAUCUCCGAAGACCUGUACUCCCUCUACUACCUUUUCAGAGACUCCAUUGCCCCCGCAGCAGGAAUCAUGUUCGCCGUCUCCCUCUUAUUCUCCGGCAUCUCCGCGGGUAUAGUCUCCACCAUGUCCGGCCAAAUCAUCAUGGAAGGGGCGUUGGAUAUCCGUCUCAACCCGUUCUUGAGGAGAUUAGUUACCAGAUGCGUGGCGAUUAUCCCGGCGCUGGUGAUUGCGCUUGCUGUGGGAAAGGAGGGACUGUCAAAAGCGCUCGUGGCGUGUAAUUACCUACUGGCUAUUGCGCUGAUCCCGAUCACGUUUCCUAUUGUGUGGUAUACCUGUCGGAAGAAGUAUAUGAUGGUGCCGGCGGAGGAUGGGAGCACGGAAGUGGUGGAUAUGAAGAAUAAUCUGGUCACGGCCAGUGUCGCGUGGUUGCUGUGGGUGCUUGUGGUGGUUAUGGAUGUGGCGACUGUGGUCUUGGUGUUGGUUGGGGAUUACCAAGGAUGA